UGCUCUCGCUGGCUGUGGCAUUGCUCGCUAUCAGAACUACGACUACGAAUACUGCUGUCACCCGCUCCGCGUUCCCCUCUCUUCUAUCUUGCUACCGUCACCACCGCAGCAACAACACCAUGUCUUCCACUCCUUCAUAUCGCCAGGAGCUGCGAGUAGCAGAGUUGGCUGUCCAGCGGGCAUCUCUCCUCACCCAGAAGGUCGCUCAACUGAAGGCUAAAGGCACCCUAUCCAAGGAUGAUACCUCCCCAGUGACCAUUGGCGACUUUGGAGCCCAGGCCCUCAUCAUCCAGGCUAUCAAGAAGAACUUCCCCGACGAUGAGAUUGUGGCCGAGGAGGAAGCUAGCUCGCUUAGAGAAAAUAAAGCUCUUAGCAGCCAGAUCUGGGAUCUCGUCAAGGAGACCCGCCUCAACGAUUCAGAGAGCGAUUGGCUCGUUGGUGGCCAGAUGGCCAGUGAGGAGGUCUUCCUCGACACUCUCGACAGUGGUAAGAGUGCAGGUGGUCCCAAGGGAAGGAUAUGGGCCCUUGACCCCAUCGACGGCACCAAGGGCUUCCUCCGUGGCGAACAGUACGCCGUCUGCCUUGGCCUGAUUGUCGACGGUGACCUCAAAGUUGGAGCCAUUGGAUGCCCUAACCUCCCCGUUUCUGACGCUGCUCUCACUCCCACGGUUGGCCAGUCCGGCUCCGAGGGCAUUGAGACCGGCGUGCUCUUUGGUACUAUCAAGGGUGCUGGCUCUACCAGCCGCAAGCUUGGCGAUGGCGCCCUCCUCCCCAGCAAGCCGAUCUCAAUGAGGCCUGUUCCUAACAUUGCCGAUGCCUGCUUCUGCGAAAGUGUCGAGUCCGGCCACUCUGCUCAGGGUGAUAACGCCGAGGUCGCCAAGCUUCUCGGCAUCACCAAUCCAAGUAUCCGUCUUGACUCCCAAGCCAAGUACUGCUCCAUCGCCAGAGGAGCCGGAGAUAUCUACCUCCGUCUACCCACCCGCCCCGACUAUCAGGAGAAGAUCUGGGACCAUGCUGCUGGAGACUUGCUUGUACGUGAGGCUGGUGGCCAGGUCACCGAUAUCCAUGGCAAGAGGCUCGACUUCAGCAUCGGCCGCACUCUCAAGGAAAACAAAGGUGUAGUUGCCGCUCCUGCUACCAUCCACGCCCAGGUCAUCGAGGCUGUUACGGCCAUGUACGCUGCCAAGACUAAGGCAUAA